UGAAUACAAAGACAUGAGGUUGGUGGAGAUAUGUCUCAAACCAGUUCAUUCUCGAAUCACUUCUCAUACAUCCAACAUGUCUCUUAGUGGAAAGGUAUAUGCCGUGACCGGUGGUGCAAGCGGCAUCGGCCUUGCAACAGCCAGGCUUCUCUCCGAUCGCGGGAACACAGUCUGCAUCGCUGACGUAAACACAGCCGCUCUCAAUCAAGCUGAGGAAUAUUUCAACUCUAGGACGCCAAAGGCUCAAUUUUCGGUCACUAGAGUCGAUGUGUCCGACAGAGGCCAGGUGGAAUCGUGGAUUACCAACAUCAAGAGCCAGUUUGGCCGUCUAGACGGAGCAGCCAAUAUUGCAGGCAUCAUCGGCAAAGGCCAUGGCAAAGAGCCCCUUACAGAGCUAGAGGACGAUGAGUGGUUCCAGAUUCUCAACAUAAACUUGACUGGAAUGAUGUAUUGUCUUCGUUCAGAGCUUAAACAUAUCGAGGAUGGUGGAUCAAUCGUCAACAUGGCAUCUAUCCAUGCUACAACCGGAAUAGCGAACCAUGCGGCCUAUGCAGCAAGCAAGCACGGGGUCUUGGGCCUCACCCGCGUUGCAGCCAAGGAGAACGGCCAUCGAGAGGUCCGCGUCAACGCAGUAGCACCAGGUCCGAUUUACACUCCAUUGAUGCAAGGGUAUUGGGAUAGGACGGAGCGCCCAGCUGAUGCGCCGUUCGAAGAGCCUAUUGCGUUUCAACGCUACGGUACUGCCGAAGAGGUAGCAAACGUGGUUGGCUUUCUACUUGGUCCGGAGAGUAGUUUUGUCAGUGGAAGUUGUUACUCCGUUGACGGGGCUUGGAUAUAA